AAACAGAAAUUAAGAGUUGUAUUUGAUUGUGGAGCAGAGUUUCGGGGAACAUCAUUAAAUAAGAUGCUGUUGCAAGGACCUGACCUAACAAAUUCUCUGCUGGGAGUACUUUCAAGGUUACGACUAGAGCCCAUAGCAUUGAUGCCAGACAUAGAGAUCAUGUUUUCCCAAGUUGCAGUACCUAAAGAAAACAUGGAUUAUCAACAUUACCUAUCGUGGCCAGAGGGUGACACUACUAAACCAAUGGCUGAAUAUAGAAUGAACGUCCACAUAUUCGGUGCAACAUCUUCACCGAGCUGUGCUAAUCAUGCAUUGAAGAGAACAGCAGUAGAUAACACAGAUACUGACAGCAAUAUAGUCACUACGACGAUAAACAACAACUUCUAUGUUGAUGAUUUACUCAAAUCAGUUGCAACCAUAAAUGAAGGAAAAAUACUAGCUGCUAAACUGAUAGACACCUGUAAUAAAGGAGGGUUUAGGCUAACUAAAUGGAUUAGUAAUCAGCGACAGUUGUUGGAAUCAAUACCUGAAAGUGAAAGAGCACUGGAAGUGAAAGAUAUAGAUUUAGAAAGUGACAACUUGCCGACUGAAAGAGCAUUAGGCAUGAAAUGGAAUGUUGAAGCUGAUACCUUUGGUUUCCAGAAUAAAUACAAGAAAAAACCUGCAACAAGGCGAGGGAUAUUAAGUCUU